GAGGCAACUUCCAAGGUCAUAAUGAAGCUGAUGAAUAGAAGAGACCCCUAUGUUCGAGAGGUCAUCCGGUUUGCAGUGUGUUGCAGAGCCCUGACACUUGUGCUCCAGGCCCUGUUUAACUUCUUGAUCCCGGAUCAUGCAGCAGAUGCCUUCUCUCCUCCCCGCCUGUCAGAACCCAGCCUCUGUGACUGGUUGUCGGAAUGGCUGUUGGGGGGCUUGUCGCACUGGGAUGCAGAGCACUUCCUGUUCAUAGCUGAGCAUGGCUACCUGUAUGAGCACAACUUCGCCUUCUUCCCAGUGUACCCCCUCAGUGUGCGAGCCGUGGCAAAGGUCAUCCUGUGGCCUCUGCAAGGGCUACUGUGUUUACGGAGCCGCCUGCUCUUGUCAGCGGUGCUUUUGAAUGCUCUCCUCUCAGUCCUGGCAGCUGCUGUCCUCUAUGAGCUGGGGUGCGUGGUGCUGCGGUGUCGCAGGAUGGCCUUCCUCUCUGCUGUCCUCUUCUGCCUCACCCCCGCCAAUGUGUUCAUGACAGCCGCUUACUCAGAAAGCAUGUUUGCUUUCCUGGUGUUCAGUGCCAUGCUGCAGCUGGAGAAAGGGCAGAGCUGGACCAGCGGACUGCUCUUCUCCCUUGCUGCUGGUGUGCGCUCCAACGGGGUGAUCAACACCGGCUUCCUCAUCUAUUCCCAGAGUAAAGACCUUGCCCUCCAACUCCAGGCAGGUGCUGGGACUGUAAUGAAGCUGCCUCAGGUCUGGAGACGACUCCUCCGCUUUGCAGCUUCAGUGGUUCUGAUGUCUGCUGGGGUCUUUUUCCCUUUUGCUUUGUUUCAGUCCUAUGCCUACUUGAGAUUCUGCAAUCCUGACGCCAGCUCUGAACAUGCUGUUCCCAGGCCGCUAUUGCAGCUGGCUGUGGAUAAAGGGUAUCGUCUAGCGGCCAUGAGUGGGAUGAAACCUGCGUGGUGCUCCCAGGGGCUCCCUGUGGUCUAUUCUUACAUUCAAGAUGUUUACUGGAAUGUGGGCUUUCUAAGGUACUUUGAGCUUAAACAGGUACCCAACUUCCUGCUUGCUGCGCCGGUUACUGUGCUGGGCUCUUGGGCCACCUGGUUCUACCUCACUGCAAAUCCCCAGUACUGCUUAAUGCUUGGCCUAGUGAGAAGGAAGAAGGAAGGAAGGAAAGGAGAGGACUCUGAUAAGCCAGUGGAUGGAUUUCGCUGCACCAGUGUCUUCGUUUACGUGGUCCAUGCCAUGGCUCUUCUGGCCUUCGGAAUCCUCUGCAUGCAUGUGCAGGUUGUAACCAGGUUCCUAGGCUCGUCUACACCAGUCUUGUACUGGUUCUCUGCUCAUCUGCUCCAGGACUAUGAACCUUUGCUGUGGAAAGAAGGAGCUGCUAUCCAGACUGCAGCAUCCCUCUCCAAGAAGCCCAGUGUAGGCAGCUCUUUUCCUGGAUCGUUCAGAAAAGGGAUUUCUGAAAACCCCAUCAUGAGAUUACUGCUGAACUGGAGAACAAGUUCCCCUCUCACCAAAUGCAUUCUGGGAUACUUCCUGUCCUACUGGCUGCUGGGGCUGAUCCUACACUGCAACUUCCUGCCUUGGACAUAGUUAGAGUUUGAGAACAUGUAUUUGUGAUGGACCUGCUAAUGGGAACAGAAUCGCUGCUCAGAAUAUAAACUCUUUUUUAAACUUGACAUAAGUGAAUUGAUGCUACUAUCUUUCUUUUUAUUUCCAAAGGCAUACAGAGCCCCCAAUAUGUACACAUGACUCUGUGCUCUUAUUGCUGUAAACCUCAUCCUUCCUCAUUCCAUUCUCCCCCCUACCAUUUGUCACCAUUACUGGUCGUAUGAUGGCUAAAAUCU